ACAAGUCUCCAUCCUCUAUGUUCCAGAGCCAAUUUAUAAUUUUUUUAAAAAGUAGAUUAGAGAAAAUAAUAGUAUUAAUAAUAGAGAGUUGUCACCAUUUGGUUUUACUCAGAUUCGAUCUCUACCGUUUGCAUGACCGCCGUCACUGCGCGCAGCAGUCCUCUGUGCCUUUAAGAGCAUCUCUCGCAGCAGCAUCCUCCUCCUCUGUCACGGACGCGCGCACAGAGGCUCAAUAUUCGAGAGAUACAUCUUAGCGUUUUUACACCGCGGGACACAUCGCAAAUAUCUCAUCAUUUGCAUUCAUCAGCGUCAUUUCUACACUGGACAUUGAUGCAUUUGCCUCCACCGUCGCCGUAGCGGUCCAUCCGAUCGUUAUUUAUUUAUUUUUUUUAUGUCCUUCCUUCCCGCAUCCGAAGACUGAUCUAUACGCUACAAGAUGGCUGAGUUGAAUUUGGGGAAGGGGCUGACCGCGGGGAAAGUGGCCAGCAACGUCCAGAAAAAACUAACCAGAGCCCAGGAGAAGGUUCUCCAGAAGCUUGGCAAAGCCGACGAGACCAAAGACGUGGCCUUCGAGGAGGGGGUUAUCAACUUCACCAAACAAUAUGCUGAAGGCAGCAAACUGCAGAGGGACCUCCGGGCGUACCUGGAGGCGGUGAAAGCCAUGCAUGAGUCCUCCAAGAACGUGCAGGCGUGUCUGGCGGAUAUGUACGAGCCAGAAUGGCACGGCAAAAACGAAGUGGAUUCCGUCGUGGAGGACUGUGAUGUGCUAUGGACGGAUUACCACCAGAAGUUGGUUGAUCAUGCUCUCAUCUCCAUGGAUACUUACCUGGGCCAGUUCCCUGAUAUUAAGGCCCGCAUAGCUAAGAGGGACAGGAAAUUGGUGGAUUACGACAGUGCCAGACACAACUACUCUGCUACGCACAAGACCAAGAAAAAGGACGGGGGCAUUAAAAUUACCAAGCCCUCGUCUUUGUUGGAGCGGGCCACACCAGGUUGGGCUCAGGGUAUCCUGUCUGCACACAACGUUGCCCAGAGCAGUCUGUCCAGGAGCCAGGCCGAGGAGGAGUUGGAGAGAGCCCAGAAGGUGUUUGAGGAGAUUAAUAUCGACUUGCAAGAGGAGUUACCAUCACUCUGGAACAGCCGUGUUGGGUUUUACGUCAGCACCUUCCAGAGUUUGGCUGGUUUCGAGGAGAAGUUUCACAAGGAAAUGAGCCGGUUGGAUCAGGAUUUGUAUGACGUCUUGGACACUUUGGAGCAAACAGACACAACCAGAAAGACAGUUAACCCGAGCGCUUCAACGUCAGGAGCAAAUAGGAGUGGCAAAGAACCAUCCAACCACACUCUCAGGCCAGGAGGACCGCCCCCAAUCCCCAAAUCUCCAUCCAAGCUAAAGCCAGCAAUGCCUCCUCCACCCAAGGUGACCCCAUCUAAAGAGAUGAAAACAGAGAACAUCAUCAACCUGUUUGAUGCUGCUGCAGCUACUCCUGACAUCAGUGUCACCUCCCCUACAGAGUUUGACAGUCCUGCAGUGAGCAGCCUAUUGGACAUGGACCUGGACUCUUUCAGUGCAGCACCCAAAGCCUCCAUGGUCACACAGCCUGCAAAUUGGGACUCAUGGCAUGAGGACAGGGGUGACCAGGAAGAGGACACCGAGCAGCACUAUGACCCUGUGGCUGCUGCUGCAGAGGCCUGGGGCGAUGACGGUACGCAGCCUGUCCGCUAUGACCCCAUAGCAGCGGCUGCAGAGGGCUGGGGGGAUGACGGAACCCAGCCAGUUUGCGAUGACCCUGUGGCUGAGGCUCAGGAGGGAUGGGGGGAUGAUGGGAGCCAGCCGGUUCAUUACGACCCCCUGGCUGAAGCCCAGGAGGGCUGGGGCGAUGAUGAUAGCCCGCCGGUCACAGAGGUGCCUGCCACCAAUGAUGAAACCCCGGCUGCUGAGGCUCCAGCUGACACCCCUGAGGAAGAAGCCUCCCCGGCAGCCACCUCGCUGGAUAAUGAAGCGGGUCAGGAUGAAUCUGCAGCAGCUGCUGCGGCAACUCCGGAAGAAGAAGAAGCAGUGGCAGAAGAGACACCGGCAGUGGUGGCAGAGUCAACAGAAGCAGCGUCAGAGCUUGCAGAAAUGCCCCCUGGCUUCCUGUUCAAGGUCCAGGUGAUGCAUGAUUACGCUGCCAACGACACAGAUGAACUGGAGAUGAAGGCUGGAGAUGUGGUGCUAGUAAUCCCCUUUGACGGCCCUGACGAACAGGAUGACGGCUGGCUGCUGGGAAUGAAGCAGGACGACUGGCAGCAGAACAAAGAAAAUGCCACCAAAGGAGUAUUCCCCGAAAACUUCACCCAGAGGCUGUGAAUGAGGGAGGACAGAACGUCAUUCCAGUUUCUUUCUUUAUGUCUCCCGUCAUCUUGCCUCUCUCCUUCAUAUCGUCUCUUGCCCUGAUACUGUAUCUUAACUAGGACUUUGGCCAUAGAAGCAGAGCUGUCUCAGCCCUUGCUGAAAUCAUGCAUUUCUAAGGUCUGGCACACUGUGCUAAAAGCGGAUCUCGCCAUUUCUGUGGAUUUCUGCCGCCAUUUAUGAAUUACAGAUGAACGUAGUCAUUUCACAAGCGCCACUUGGUCUUGCUGCCUGGUAGGUUGCUUCUCCGUAACAGAGGAGAUGAUGGGAGAAAGUUUGUUGCGGGGACUGGGGAACCUCAGCAAUGGCUACUGUUGUAAUUUCAUUAUAAUGUUUUAUUUUUAGUCAUGUCGCAUCAUAAAUUCUCCAAGGCAUAGUCCACCACCAUAACAGAGAAGACAUCUUUUGAAAAGUGCUUCUGUCAUCUGAUAUUGAGAGAUUGGGAACUGUGUGAAAUUAUUAAGACAAUGCAAAUUGUAGCAAGUACCCCUACACACCAACACACACACACACACACACACACACACACACGCACGCACGCACGCACGCACGCACACGAACAUGGACACGGACACACGAACACGGACACACACAAUGUUUCACAAAGGUGCAGGGGGUGCAAUUACUAAAAGCAGACUCAGAGGACACAGAUAUUUCUAGCUGGCAACUUCAUCUCAUCAAUCUGCAAAAAGACCUUUGAGCACAAAAGGUGCCAAAGUCCAAUCAAGUCCUUCGGUUCUCAGACGGGUGAUCACACUCCUGACACAUUGCCGUUUGGACGCAUCCAGCCAAUCCUUUACCCCUACUUUAAUUAGUGACUUGUGAAUCAUGGGCCUUUGGUUGUUGUAUUAGUUUAGAUUCUAUGGUGGUAUAGGUAGAAUGACGCUGUUGUUAAAAUCCUAAUAAAUGCAUAUGCAGUUAAGUGGUCAUCGAACACCAGCCUACAGUUACGGUGACAGCAGGACUUAUAUACGAAAAAAGGUUUUAGAAAAUCAAAACAGAAAGACUGGUCUCAGAGCAGAAAAAAAUGACUGUUAAAAUAUUUUUUUUUUAACAGACGUGUUUUUUUGACAGUGGUCUUUUCACGAGAGAUUCCAAAUAUGCAUUAGUCAGGCUUGCUAAAACAAAUUUUAAAAAGCUAGCCAACGAACUAAUAAUAAUAAUAAUCAAAAUAUGAUAACUGAGCGAGCCUCAUUAAUUGGAAAAGAAAAGUGCCGAAAACAAUUCCUUCUGUUUGCAUAGAGACGACUUAGCUCAAAUGCAGAUGACUCCGAAUAUGCACCAGAGCAACUUCUUUUAUUUUUGUAUGCUGCCGAGCAAUGAUUACAUAAAGCCUAAUGUAACUAUGUCAACAUAAUUGCCAACUGAGGAGUGUUUUGUACUUUUGUCAGGUUUACCGCUCUCAACAUAGUCACACACUGUAGGUAGUUAAAACUAUCUCACACACUGUCAUUCAUUGCCGUCACCGACCCAAAGCAGAUUCACAUUUAUCAUGAUGUUACUGACAUGUAAUACGUGUGAGAGAAACCGUAUGUAUGUGUGAUUGUAUGUGUGCGUGUUUAUGGGAAGCAUAAAUUCUUUAUCUAUAGGCUACUGUUAUUGGACGAUAUCACCGCCACCCGCCGGGGGCCGAGGCCGUCCGUUUUACAGUAAAGCUGGACAAAGGCAGCGCAAAUGUAUUUGGGUCUUUUUCCACUGGCUGGUAUUAUGAUUCCAGGUGUUAUUGUGCAUUUGUUGUGUAUAAGUGUAAUUUUGCCAAGCUGUGAUGACAUACAUAUUAUAUAAAUACAUUCAUAUCUGUAUGUGAGUUACUGUGAGCAUGCUGACUUCCCAUGUGUUGUGUGAACACCCUUGAUUUAAGAAAAUGAUACUUGGGUCACUUUUGAGGCAGCUGAAACAGGCUUUUUUUUAAUUUUGUCUUAUAAUUUAUUUUCUUAAUCUUGGUAAGCGGCAUGAUAGGCAGAUAUAUGCUGUAUAUUUUUCCAUCAUUCCCCUUCGUGUUAGACUUUAUUAUAACUGCUUGUUGUUCAUCAGCCUUGCCUCAAAAUGUUGCCGGGUAAUCAUGAUACGAACGAGUUAAACAUGAUCACACGGAGACCAGACACAUAGAGAUCAAUUCCAAACCCCCAGACUCAGGUGGACAGAUUUUUGGUUUUCAGUUUCACCUCUCAUAUUUUGUUUUCAUAGUUUAUGUAUAACAUGGUGAGUGUUUUACCUGGGUCUGGUUCUCGAUCUGUCUUUAUGGAUCAGUCUCCUGCGAUUAGCUAUGGGAUACAACAAAAAAGGUUUUUCCUUUACCUAACUGACCGGAAAUAAUAAAGAUUACUUACAAUCUC